AGCCGGGUGCGCGAGCCUGGAGCGCGGUUCGAGGUGGGCAGCGCCGCCUUCCGCCGCACGCCGCCCCGUCGCUCACUCCGGUCGGCGGCCAGAGUGCCGUGCUCGCGCUUGCCACACUCUCGCAGCCAACGGUGCGCCCAGCGGCCAUGACCGCCGAGGAGAUGAAGGCGGCGGAGAACGGGGCGCAGUCGGCGCCCCUGCCUCUCGAAGGAGUGGACAUCAGCCCCAAACAGGACGAGGGCGUGCUCAAGGUCAUCAAGAGAGAGGGUACAGGCACAGAGACACCCAUGAUCGGGGACCGAGUCUUUGUCCACUACACUGGCUGGCUGCUAGAUGGCACAAAGUUUGACUCCAGUCUGGACCGCAAGGACAAAUUCUCCUUUGACCUGGGAAAAGGGGAGGUCAUCAAGGCUUGGGAUAUUGCUGUGGCAACCAUGAAAGUGGGGGAAGUGUGCCACAUCACCUGCAAGCCAGAAUAUGCCUAUGGCGCAGCAGGCAGCCCUCCGAAGAUCCCCCCCAACGCCACACUUGUAUUUGAGGUGGAGCUGUUUGAGUUCAAAGGAGAAGAUCUUACAGAAGAAGAAGAUGGCGGGAUCAUCCGCAGAAUACGGACUCGGGGUGAAGGCUAUGCCAGGCCCAAUGAUGGUGCUAUGGUGGAAGUGGCCCUGGAAGGCUACCACAAGGACCGCCUCUUUGACCAGCGGGAGCUCUGCUUUGAAGUCGGGGAAGGGGAAAGUCUAGAUCUGCCCUGUGGGCUGGAGGAGGCCAUUCAGCGCAUGGAGAAAGGAGAGCAUUCCAUCGUGUACCUCAAACCUAGCUAUGCUUUUGGCAGUGUGGGGAAGGAGAGGUUCCAGAUCCCACCGCACGCUGAGCUGAGGUAUGAAGUGCGGCUGAAGAGCUUUGAGAAGGCCAAGGAGUCUUGGGAGAUGAGCUCCGCGGAGAAGCUGGAGCAGAGCAACAUAGUGAAAGAGAGGGGCACCGCGUACUUCAAGGAAGGCAAGUACAAGCAGGCGUUACUGCAGUACAAGAAGAUCGUGUCUUGGCUAGAAUACGAGUCUAGCUUCUCCGGUGAGGAAAUGCAAAAGGUCCAUGCACUCCGACUGGCCUCACACCUCAAUCUGGCCAUGUGUCACCUGAAACUGCAGGCCUUCUCAGCUGCCAUCGAAAGCUGCAACAAGGCCUUGGAGCUGGACAGCAACAACGAGAAGGGCCUGUUUCGCCGGGGAGAGGCCCACCUGGCCGUGAAUGACUUUGACCUGGCAAGAGCUGACUUCCAAAAGGUCCUGCAGCUCUAUCCCAGCAACAAAGCCGCCAAGACCCAGCUGGCUGUGUGCCAGCAGCGGACCCGUAGGCAGCUCGCCCGGGAAAAGAAGCUCUAUGCCAACAUGUUUGAGAGGCUGGCUGAGGAGGAGCACAAGGUGAAGGCAGAAGUGGCAGCAGGAGACCAUCCCACUGAUGCUGAGAUGAAGGGUGAGCGGAACAAUGUGGCCGAGAACCAGUCUCGGGUGGAGACAGAAGCGUAGCCUGCCUCUUCCGCUGCCCACCUCUGCAGCUGCUCCCUGCUCCCUUCUUACUCCACCCUGUUAGUUUUGUAAAAACUGAAGAAUUUUGAGUGAAUUAGACCUUUAUUUUUCUAUCUGUUUGGAUGAUGGCUUUGGGGGAGAAGGGAGAAGAGAAGGCUGAGGGUGAAAUGGGGGGUAGUUUUAGAUGGUGUCAACCCUACUUUUCUUCCCCCGUUACACACAAGUGUAUAUCCUUUCACACGUACAUCAGAAUGUUAAUUUAUUUUGCUCCCUCUGUUAGCUCCAUUUUCACGUGGUAGAAGGGGGGACGUGAUAGGGAUGGGGUCUGAUAAGCCAGGGUGGAGAAGAAAACUCCUGGACAGCCAUUUUCCCAUCUCUUCCCUCUGUGGUUUUCCAAGCCUGUGUCUCCGUGCAGGUGCUAGGGGCAUGGGUACACCGCUGUUGCAUCCAUUGCCUCUCUUACCUUGCUCUCCUGAGUUGGUAUUCCUGAUAACGCCCUCUGGUAUCACAGUGAUCACCUCUAGACAGCCCCUACCAGUACCUCCGCUCCUCUCAGUUUCCUCAUCCAGGUUGUCCCUGUCCUGUCCCUAUCCCCUCAGCCUCUUUAAUGCACGCUGAAGGUCCAGGCACACCUCAAGUCCUGUGCUUGAGCAAUAAAGUGGAAACAACAAAA